AUGCAAUUGGAACAUUUCGAAAAUAAAAAUAAAUUGAAUGAGUAUAAAAAUAAAAUGUUAAACUUAGAAGAAGAAAGGAAUUUAGUUGUGAAUCUAUUUCUUAAAAUUAAAGAAGAAUUUGAAAAAUUAAUUGAGAAAAAUAAAAAUAUUUUUGAAGAAAAAUUAGAAAUAUUAGAGGAAUUGAGAGAUGACAAAUUAGAAAUGGUAAAUAUGGAAAAAAGUUGGUUGAAAUUAAACAAAAAAUUGGAAGAUUCUGAAUAUUUAAUAUGUCGACUUGAAAAGGAAAUUGAAGAAAAUAAAGAGAAUUAUGAACAGGAAAUUAAAGCGAGAGAACUUUUGUCAAAAAAUGAACAAUUAGAAAUUCAGAAAAAAGAUGAGAAGAUUCUUUCAUUAGAAAUGGAAGUCGAAACGCAACAACAACAACAAAACAAAAUAAAAUAUUUAGAAUUGGAUAAAUAUGAAAAAGAAGACGAAAUUAGAAUUUUGAAAAAGACAUCGGAUGGAGCUUUGGAUCAACUGUCUAAAUUUAAAAAAGAAUAUGGAAAAAUAAAAGAAGAAAAUGAAAAGAUUUUAAAAGAAAAAUUGGAAUUAUUGAAGGAAUUUGAAGAAAAUAAAUUAAAAAUUGAAAAAUAUGAAGAAGAUAAAAAAUUGGAAUUAAUUAAUUUGGCUAAAUUGAAAAAUGAAAAUGAGGGGAUUUUUAAAGUAAAAAAUAAAUUAUUGGAAGAAUUGGAGGAAUAUAAAAUUAAAAUAGGAGAAAAGGAAGAAGAAUGUAAAGAAUUAAAUAAAAAAUUGAGGAAUUGUGAGAAUAUUAUUUCUCAACUUCGACAGAAAAUUUCAGAUAUUUACAUGGAGAAAUCCAAACUUGAAGAUGAUUUACAUGAUGCUUUAGCUGAAGCAGAAUAUGAAACAGAAAAAAAUGAAGAACUUUUAACACAAAUUAAAGAAUUAAAUUUGGAAAAGACAAAUAUUCUUGUGGAAAAUAAUUCUCUUCUUACUGAAAUUCGGGAAAAAGAUGAGAAAAUUAGUUCUUUAGAAUUGCAUCUCAAAACGUCGGAAAGCACAAUUAAUUCUCUCAAUGUUAAAAUUGCUGAAUUAACAGCAGAAUGGGAUAAAUUAAAUAAAGAAGAUGACAAACAACGAGUUGUUUUUGUGAAAAGAACAAAUAAAAUGAAUUCUGUUCAAAAUCAAAAUUCUUGUUGUAAAAGUAAAUGUAUUAAUUCUGAUUUAUCUACUGGUUAUUGCCAAAAUGGAAAUGGAUAUGUUAAUGUUUAUGAGAAUGGAUUGAUACAAUAUAUAAAUACAUGGAUGGGGGAAAAUAAAUGGAUUUUUUUAAAUGGACAACGCCCAUACACUAAAGCUUCAAGUUACCAUCCAUAUUUUAAAGCUUCGAGUUAUAGCGAUAAUUAUCGUUUAUUUUAUUUUGAAGUGAAAAUGCGUGCAGAAUUUGGAGCAUUUUGUUAUGCUGGUAUUGGGUUUGAUGUUCAAAAUACAAAUAUAUUUUUGUGUAAUUAUUCGUAUAUUAAUUGGGAAAAUUAUCAAAAAUUUGAAUGGGUAGAGGGAGAUGUUUUUGGUUGUGGAAUUGUGUUUCCUCCAAAAAAUGAUUUGAAAACAAAGGCUUAUGUAUUUUUUACUAAAAAUGGAGAUAAAAUUGGCAAAAGAGUUCCAAUUGAAGAUGAUAAUGUCAAUUUUCAUCCAAUAAUUGGACUUUUGUCUUGUUCGGUUGAAACUAAUUUUGGAAAUGAUCUAGAAUCAAAACCUUUUGUUUAUAAUGUUGACAAACAUAUUAUUUAA